CCUCUCCCUCCUACCCCACUGUAUCAGCACUGAGCAGUUCGGCACCAUUUUUUCCCCUUUUUCCUUCUUCUCCAAUCUUCAUAUCUCCUUCGAACAUUCUCUUCUCUUCUACUCUACAACUACAACCCACGAUCGCACCCCCUCUCCCCCGCAGUCGCAUCCCAUUUCCAUCGCUCCCUCUCUUAAGAUUUCCCGUUAAAGCUUCGCCCUCCACUCGAUUAUUUCCUAUCUCCGCCUUCUGGUUGAGGCAUCUUAUGGAUGGACAAGAGAAUGUACUUGAGGCCAUAUAUGAAGACAAUGACUUGGAGAAUGAUGAUGUUGAAAUGGUCGAUGUGGAAGGAGAGUUUGUUGGCGACAAUAUCAAUACAGAAAAAAGCAGUCUUACAGAUGUCAAAUCAGCAAGUAUAGAUCAGAGAAGUAAAAACCGUAAACGUCGGGCAAAGAAAAAGAAAAACAAAAGAAAAACAUGCGAGUCUGGUUCAACUGGCACUGAUAUUAACAGAUUUGUGUUGGAUGCAUGCAGACGUUUGAAAGAGAAAAAGUCAUACAUGAUGUACACUGCUGUAGGUUGUCUGGGAGUCUCUGCAUUAAGCGAACUUAUCAAAGAGGUCAAUGCAGUUCAGGCUUGUGGAGGUCAGAUGACUGCAGAUGGCAGGCGCUUUCGGACGGGAGGUGGCAUAUUAUGGAGCAUCAUCAAAACCCGGGAACCAAAUGCCUAUAAAGAGAUUAUGAAACGAGCAAAAGAGUUUGAGAAACAAUUCAAGCAACCAAGUAUCAGAAGGGAGGCUACAGAAACUGAGAAAGAAAAUUCUCAGAGAGUUCCUCACCUGUUCUCUGAAGGAUCUUCAGGAGAUCAACUGGACAACUUCCAAAGAGUUACUCCAGAGCAGAAUCGAUCCAAAGAAUCAAAUGCCGAAGAAAAACGAUCUUCCAUUCACAAUAGAUUAAGAGUACCAGUUUCAUAUGAUGAUGACCUCCUUCGAGAGAAUCCGAAAGAGGAAGAUACGACUUGAUUGUCUUGAUUGUAGUUAGAUCUUCCCAUUUUUUGAACAAUUACUGUUGGUUUUCAGUUCAUGCCUAACAAAAUCAACAGUUUUUACCUCCCAAAAAUGAGGCAGAAGAAUGUUCUAUACGCUGAGUUUGUUCCAUUCAUCUUCAGUGCCUUUAUGUUCUAGGCUACUUUGGUUGAGCGUUCUGCUUCUUCAGGCGAGGAUGGAAUUAGCCACAUGGAAAGAAAUUGGAUUUGUUGGUUGUAAAUGGAAAAAAGAUUUUGCAAUUGUUCCUCAUACUCCGUCGUCAUUUGAAACGAUCUGAAGGAAUUUGAAACAAGAAAUUGUAUUAGGGCCUCUUUAGAAUAACUUUUCAAGUGUUUUAAAACAUGUUUUUAGGUUUAAGAAAAUGCGUGUUCAUUUUCUAA